GCGACUGACCCUCAUUAAAAGCCCCAUCCAACCCAAAAAGCGAAAAAGAAAGAAAAAAUCACAUCCCAAAACAAAGACGAUAGAAGGUCACCAAAACCCAAGAGACUGAAAGAAGCCCAUAACCAUGUCCUUCUCCUACUUGAAGACAAUCUCAUUGGCAUUGCUCAUCUUAGCCUCCCAUGUCCUAUAUUGCAAGGGUGCACGUGUCAUGGACCACCCACCUGCAUGGAAGGGCCAUGACAUGGAUGUGGUGGUGAAGAGGGGUGGUUGUAUGGUAGGAGGAGACUGCAUGUGGGAUGAGGAGGUAGAGAUGGAGAUGGACUCUGAUAUAAACAGGAGGAUCUUAGCCGUCCAAAAGAAGUACAUCAGCUAUGAUUUGUUGAAGAAGGAUGAGGUCCCUUGUUCAAGGCCAGGGGCUUCCUACUACGACUGCCAUGAGCUUGGUAAGGCCAACCCUUACCAGAGAGGCUGCACUGUAAUUACUGGAUGUGCUAGGGACACCAGGUCCUAAUAUGAAAGAGGCUACCUGGCACACGUUUGGGAGAUCCGGAUCAUUCAUCAUGUGGGGCCCAGCGCAGCGUAAUUAUGCACUAUUUCGAGAUUUGUUUAGUCCAUUUAUCAGGUAGGGUGGAUCUAGACCGUUAGUCCCUCUUUACAGUUGUCCAUUUUUUUUUCAACGAGUGGUCCGGCCUGAUUUUGUGGCCGGGGCAUGAUCAGUAAUGAAUGGCCCAGAUCUCUCAAUGACAUACCAUAGAAUGUCUCUUUCUACUAGAUCUGAAAUGUAUGGGGGGUUUGUUUGGUUGAUAUAUAUUUUAAUUUGGUUGUUU